AUGAGUACCAGCGCCGAAGCUACCGCCAAAAAAGCCCGUUUGAGCGGCAACGUUCUGAAGACUAUUUCCAACGAAAAGCGUUCUUCACUUUUACACAAGAUUCACGAUGGACUGAAAGCCAACGCCGCUUCUAUCAAGGAAGCUAACCAGCUAGACUUGCAAAGUGCCGAAAAAAAUGGACUAGCAGACUCUCUUUAUAAGAGAUUGGACCUUUUCAAGGGUGACAAAUUCGAGACAAUGCUAGUGGGUAUCAAAGAUGUGGCUGGAUUGGAGGACCCAGUUGGCAAACUUAAGCUAGCACGGGAACUGGAUGAAGGUUUGAAUUUGUACCAGGUGACUGCGCCUGUAGGUGCUCUUCUAGUGAUUUUUGAGUCCAGACCAGAAGUUAUUGCGAACAUCACAUCUCUGGCAAUCAAAUCUGGUAACGCUGCCAUUUUGAAGGGGGGAAAAGAAUCUGUCAACACGUUUAGAGAGAUUUCGAAUAUUAUCAACACGGUUAUCACUGAAAAUGAAAGUGUCUCCGGUAUUCCUUCCGGUGUUAUUCAAUUGAUCGAAACCCGUCAGGAUGUGUCAGACCUUUUGCAGCAAGAUCUCUACAUAGAUUUGGUUGUUCCUCGUGGCUCGAAUGCUCUGGUAAGACAGAUCAAAUCAAGCACCAAAAUUCCUGUUUUGGGCCAUGCUGAUGGUAUAUGUUCAAUAUACCUGGACGAGGACGCCAACUUGGAAAACGCGAAACGCAUCACGAUAGAUGCCAAGACUUCUUAUCCCGCUGGAUGUAAUGCUAUGGAGACCCUUCUCAUAAAUCCAAACAUGCCUGAAUGGUGGCAAGUUCUCGAGAACUUGGUCAAAACAGGAAAUGUUAAGUUGCACGUCACCGCUGACGUGAAAUCGGCCUUGUUGACCAAGCUUCAGGAAGCUAACAAACUUGACGAGCAGCUGCAAAGUUCUAUUGUUGAUGCCGAUGAGGCCACUGAUUUUGACCAGGAGUUUUUGUCUCUCGAUUGCGCGGUAAAUUUCGUUGAGUCAACGGAAGCAGCUGUCGCUCACAUCAACCUACAUUCGUCUAAACACACCGACGCUAUAAUAACAGAAAAUAAAGCCAACGCCGAGUACUUUUUGAAGGGUGUUGAUUCUUCUGGUGUUUACUGGAAUGCGUCGACCAGAUUUGCUGACGGUUUCAGAUACGGGUUCGGUACCGAGGUUGGAAUCUCCACGAGCAAGAUUCAUGCCCGUGGACCCGUUGGGUUGGAUGGUUUAGUGAGCUAUCAAUACCAGCUUAGAGGUAGCGGCCAGGUUGCCAGCGACUACGUUGGGUCUGGUGGUAACAAGGCUUUCAUUCACAAAAAUCUAGACACCUCUCAAGUCCAACUAGGAGCCUAA